AUGAAUUACAUACUGAGCCACAAGAAGGAGUGGAGAGAGGUAGAGACAGUCUUCCUCACUGAAGAAUGCAGUGCAGUCAUCCAGAGGUCCUUGCCGGAGAAACUUCAGGACCUUGGGAGUUUUGUGAUACCCUGUACCCUCGGAGAUAGUUGUACAAGGACAGCCCUAUGUGAUAUUGGAGCAAAUAUUAAAUUAAUUCCUUCAUUACUAAUAAAGAAACUUGGGAUCCAAGAAGUCAAGCGUACCCACAUAUGCCUCCAGCUUGCUAAUGGCUCUAUCAAGUUUCCAUCAGGAGUGGUUGAAGACAUGAUUGUGAAGGUUGGACCAUUUGCAUUUCCCACAGACUUUGUGGUAUUGGAUAUGGAAGAACAUAAGAAUGCAUCCAUUAUUUUAGGGAGACCCUUUCUGGCCACAGGGAGGACCCUCAUUGAGGUGCAAAAAGGGGAAGUAACCCUGAGAGUUGAUCAGGAUGAAUUCGUCUUGAAUGCUAUCAAGGCCAUGCAACACCCUGACACUCCAGAGGAAUACAUGAGGAUUGAUGUCAUCGAUUCCCUGGUGGAAGAGGUACUAGCAACUGAAAGGCUCGAAGAGGAGCUAGAUGACAUCCUUGAAGAUGCCAAGCCUGACAUGAAGGCACCAGCAGAACAGGAGGAGACAUUAAAAGCUCCUAAAGUGGAGGAUGAUCCUCCCAAACUCGAGCUUAAUCCGCUACCAUCUUUCUUGAAAUAA